GGUCGGCAUAAUUCUGGCCUCACAAGUACCAUAUGCUCAAGCAAUCAAUAAUGCCAAUGUACAAUGCCUCGACAAUGGAUAACCUGGAAGACGCCGAGAUUAAGCCUUAUCGAUUUCAGACCAUGUCUAAUCUGUGUGUUGUCACUGCUGUGUGCUGUGUCACUGUCGCCUCUUCUCGGCUCCUCUCCUCUUCAUGGAUAAGUUGUCCGCUGCAAUUGUGACCGCUGUGUUCAUGUUGCGUGCUCGGGUCAGGUCAUGACCUCCGAUUUUCGGUUGAUACCGUCGCCAGCUAAUCCCAAAUAGUUGCCUCAGCAACUUGAGGCUGGUCGGAAUCUGGUCUUGCAUUAUACAGCCCACCAUUUCGCACCUUGCCUUUGAAAACCAUGGCCGAGGUGGAUGACCGAGACGUGGUUCCCGACGCGGUCCUACUCGGACACAUCUUCGGUAACAACCAACCGUCUUCUGCGUCAGUCAUUCUCCAAAACUGGGACAAGUGCGUCUUCAAAGCUUCCUUCUCGACUCCUCUAAAGAAUGGCCAGCAUGAGUGUGUCGUCCGGCUCGAGGUUCAGGGCGCCACUUCCGCCUUCCCCUUUGCUGUGGUCCCCGCUAUGCAGGAGAUUGCCCGCAUCCGCAUUCCCGACCUUGUCCCGGAGACUCUGCAGGUCGGCAGCGCAGCCAACAAGGAGGGAAGAGCUUUUCAGUAUUCUGUGGUGGAGUUCGUCGAAGGAGUCACUCUGGAGGAAGCCUGGGACUCUAUGGUGGACGAGGACCGGAAAUCCGUAACUGCCUCUGUCGUGGAGGCGUUCAUCGUCCCUCGCUCUCCGUCGCAGAUGGCGCUCUUGCGAGCCAUGGAGAUCAUCGUCGAAUCUCGGCAGCGAAACCUGUAUGAGGGCAAGAACAUCCCUGCGCAUAUUCGAAGGAGAUUCAUCGAGUUGCUGCAGUUGUCGCGGGACGAGGACCCAUAUGUUGGUUGGAGGUGCGAAGGAACAUCCCUCCUUGACUUCCGAGUUGAUUUCCAGAAACCCGAGGACGAGGUCAUCGAGGACAUGAUCAGAAGAAGGCGGAUGAAGGCGAAGACAAGUUAAUUCAGCGAAGCCCUAGCAACCCGUGCUGGCUACCUAGUUCCCUCCCCGAAAUCCAACGCUUGAGUGGCCCUCAGGCACGACCCCUGAAUCCGGAGGGAUAUUUUGUCCAUUCA